GGAAAAUGAAUUUCCCGACGUCGGUAGACGUAUAAAAGGGGAGAGUAGGAGGAAGAAGACAAAACCUGCGUAGUCAUGGCGGAAGGUGCAGUCGUCUCCGAUCUCGUCAGCUUCUUAAACGCUUCUCCCACUGCUUUUCACGCCGUAGAGGAGGCAAAGAAACGUUUGAGAAACGCUGGAUAUGAGCAAAUAUUUGAGAGAGAAGAUUGGAAAUUAGAAGCAGGAAAGAAAUAUUUCUUCACCAGGAAUCACUCCACUGUUGUUGCUUUUGCAAUUGGUAAAAAAUAUGUUGCUGGAAAUGGAUUCCUUAUUGUUGGCGCUCAUACUGAUAGUCCUUGCCUAAAGCUCAAGCCAGUUUCCAAGGUAACAAAAGGAGGGUAUUUGGAGGUUGGAGUCCAAACAUAUGGAGGUGGAUUGUGGCAUACAUGGUUUGAUCGUGACUUGACUGUUGCAGGCAGGGUGAUAAUAAGAGAAGAAAAAGAUGGUUCUGUUUCGUACUCACAUAGAUUGGUGAGGAUCGAGGAGCCUAUAAUACGGAUUCCCACUUUGGCUAUUCACUUAGACAGGGGCGUUAAUGAUGGAUUCAAGGUGAACACUCAGAAUCAUCUUUUACCAGUCCUGGCAACGUCAAUAAAGGCUGAGCUCAAUAAAGCGAUCAUUGACAAUGGACCAAUUGAGAGUGGAUCCCAGACUGACGGAAAGAAAUCUACUGCUAAACACCACUCACUUCUACUGCAGAUGCUUGCAGACCAGCUUGGUUGUCAGCCAGGUGACAUAUGUGAUUUUGAAUUGCAAGCAUGUGAUACUCAACCAAGUAUAGUUGCAGGUGCUAUGAAGGAGUUUGUCUUUUCUGGAAGACUUGAUAAUCUUUGCAUGUCAUUUUGCUCUCUGAAGGCCCUGAUUGACGCAACCUCUUCUGAGAGCGACCUCGAAGAUGAGACUGGUGUUAGAAUGGUGGCAUUGUUUGAUCAUGAGGAGGUAGGAUCUAAUUCAGCACAAGGAGCUGGAUCUCCUGUCAUGUUAGAUGCUCUUUCGCAAACAACAAAUUCCUUCACCUCAGAUCCAAAGGCUCUUAAGAAAGCAAUUCAGAGGAGUUUCCUUGUUUCUGCUGACAUGGCACAUGCCUUACACCCAAAUUAUAUGGACAAACAUGAAGAUAACCAUCAACCUAAGUUACAUGGUGGACUUGUUAUCAAACACAAUGCAAAUCAACGUUAUGCAACCAAUGCAGUUACUUCUUUCAUAUUCAGGGAAAUAGCAGCGAAGCAUAGCCUUCCAGUCCAGGAUUUUGUGGUCCGUAACGACAUGCCUUGUGGUUCAACCAUUGGUCCUAUCCUGGCAAGUGGGGCAGGGAUUCGCACAGUUGAUGUUGGUGCUCCACAAUUGUCAAUGCACAGUAUAAGAGAAAUGUGUGCUGUUGAUGAUGUGAAACAUUCAUACAAGCAUUUCAAGGCCUUCUUCCAAGAUUUCUCUUGUGUUGAUGCCAAGAUUACUGUCGACAUGUAGGUCUUAGUUCAUCUUCACUACAAGAUCCAGUAAGUAUAACAGCUGCUGUAUACUUCACAAAAUCAGGAAUGCAAUGUGAGAGAAUACACGCAGGAUUACAUGGUUGGUCUUGCUAGACGGACAAUCAUAUGAAGGCUGGCUGGCUUUAGAGACUGCUGGAGUAUGUUUUUUUAUCCUGGUACUUUUAUUGUAUGCCUGAUUCGUCAGACAACUUUAUCUGCAGUUUAUGUUUGAUACUUUGAUCAGACUGGAUUUCGUUGCAUAGGUUCAUUUUCACGAGCUUGUCUGGCUUAAGUAUGACUUUUUCGAAAGUCCUAUUUGAAAAGAUUCGUUGUAGACUCAUGACUAAGCUGUUACUUUUUCAAAAAAAGUGAUGAUUAUUU